CAGUGUUCUCAGUGUGGAAAGGCCUUUGGCCGCUUGUCUCAUCUCAAGAGACACCAGAGGAUCCAUACUGGGGAAAAGCCACAUCAGUGUUUUCAGUGUGAAAAGACCUUUAACCAAAUGUCUAGUCUCAAGACACACCAGAAGAUCCAUAUUGGAGAAAAGCCACAUCAGUGUUUACAGUGUGGAAAGACCUUUAACCACAAGUCUAGUCUCAAAAUACACCAGAUGAUCCAUACUGGAGAAAAGCCACAUCAGUGUUUUCAGUGUGGAAAGGCCUUCAGCCAAAUGUCUAAUCUCAAGGCACACCAGAGGGUUCACACUGGGGCAAGGCCACAUCAGUGUUCUCAGUGUGGGAAGACCUUUAGUCAAAUGUCUUAUCUCAAGACACACCAGAUGAUCCAUACUGGGGAAAAGCCACAUCAGUGUUCUCAGUGUGGAAAAACCUUUAACCAUCUUUCCAAUCUCAAGUCACACCAGAGGAUCCAUACUGGGGAAAAGCCAUAUCAGUGUUCUCAGUGUGAAAAAACCUUUAACCAAAUGUCUAAUCUCAUCAGACACCAGAAGGUCCAUACUGGAGAAAAGCCACAUCAGUGUUUUCAGUGUGGAAAGACCUUUAAAGAAAUGUCUAGUCUCAAGAAACACCAGAGGAUCCAUACUGGGGAAAAGCCACAUCAGUGUUCUCAAUGUGGAAAGACCUUUAACCAAAUGUAUAGUCUCAAGAUACAUCAGAGGAUCCAUACUGGGGAAAAGCCACAUCAGUGUUCUCAGUGUGGAAAAACCUUUAACCAUCUUUCUCAUCUCAAGACACACCAGAGGAUCCAUACUGGGGAAAAGCCAUAUCAGUGUUCUCAGUGUGAAAAAACCUUUAACCAAAUGUCUAGUCUCAAGACACACCAGAAGAUCCAUACUGGAGAAAAGCCACAUCAGUGUUUUCAGUGUAGAAAGACCUUUAACGAAAUGUCUAGUCUCAAGACACACCAGAAGAUCCAUAUUGGAGAAAAGCCAUAUCAGGGUUCUCUUUAGGUGGGAUUUCCUACCCAUGUUUUAAUGCUCAUUUUCUUUAAGCAAAUAUUUACAAUGCAAUAUGUACGGGUAGCCUAUUGUAGCCUACCAGCAUCAGUCCAUCAGCACAAAGCAGACAUCACAAUUUAAUUUAAUGUGUUUCAUAAAUA